AUGUUAUUCCUCUUUCACUUACCCUGUCAUUAUCUUUAUUUUAUUUUCAUCUUUUUUCCUAUUUUCUCUAUUUACAUUCUUCUUUUUAAUUUUCUUCUUUCCCUAUUUUUUCACUCUUUCAUUGAUCUUACUUUCUUACUCCUUUUUUACUUUCUCUGUCUUCACUCUUUCUCUUUUUUCCCCCCAACCUUCUUUUUCUUCUAUUCUAAAUUUCUUCCUUAUUUUCUUUGGCUUUUAUAUAUUCUUCUCUCUCUUCCCAAUCUUUAUCUGAUCUCUCUUUCUCUUUUUUUUUACCUUUUCUUUCUUCUUUUUCUUUAUUUUCCUUUAUUCUUGACUUCUUUCUUAUUUUUAUAUCUUUAUUCUCCCAACCAUUUUACUUCAAGCUUUCAUAUUUUUCUCUUUUCUUCCUCCUCCAUUUUAUUUUUCUUUUUUUCACCCAACACAAUUUUCUUCUUUCCUCGUACACUUAAUUAUUUCCUUCCCCUUGAUUUUUUUUCAUUGCACUUCCAUUUCACUUCAUUUUGCCUCCACUCGGUUUUUCUUAUUUCCCCUCCAUUUAUGGUUUCUUCUUUUUGUCACCUUCAUUUUUCUUCCUUAAAUCUCCACUUUAUUUUUUUCUUCCUUCCUCUUUCACUUGAGUUUUCUUUAUUGUCCUCAUUUUUUUUUCCUUUCACCUCCGCUUGA